UUUUUUUUACAGAGUUGAUUUAAUGAGAAGUGCAUGUGUUAGAAUGUCCACCAGAGGACGCUCUAGCACAGAGGAGUACUUCCUCCUUCAUGCUGUCACUGACAAAAACUGCUGUUCUCUCAUUUAAAGGGUCACCAGCUGUUCUGACUCCUCUUUAAUCUAUAAAUACAUCAACCCAUUCAUUCAUUUCUAUCUCAAAACAUUGGCUUAUUAUUGUUUUAAUCGUCACUUUUGUUCUUCGGUUUUCAAUCCCCAGAUAUAUAAUUAAUUAGUACACAUAUAGUACACAUAUAAUUAGUUAUGUAAUAUCAUGCUUACCUCAAACAAUGCCCCAUUUUGGAUGUUAAAGCACAAACCUCACAGAUAAAUUGGUUGACAAGAAGAGGCAAAGUGGAGGUUUCUCUUUGCUUCAAAGCAAGGACCCGAAGUGGAGGAGACAUGAGUGGGGCUGCAGCCUAUUAUAUUACGGAUUAUUAUGUACUAUUACUAUUAUAUAUCUCUCACAGUUGCCUUAAAGAGGUUUAAUUGUGAGCUACCUGUGGGAAUGUUCUACAUUAUGUUUAUACCUCAGAAGAGAGUCAAGCUAAAUGAUGAAAUAAUUGGGAAUUUUGAAUGACUUUGAUAUUCUUAGACCGAAACUCUGCCGUGUUUUGUGUUCUACUUGUCAUUUUUUCCCUCGCAUCAUUUUUUGCCAAUUGUUCUUGUUUUUAUCAGGCGUCGGACAGCCAUGCACAUGUUACGUGUUAAAAGAAAAUCCCUUGUCAUGCCAGCUGUUUUCCUCAGACAGCUGCGUGUCUUUGGGAGGAGUCACAAAGAUAACAAGCCUAUAGUGCUGGUAUGAACAAUGCCUGAGACACAGCAGCAUUUUAUAGGACAGCUAACAGCCAAUCGGAAAUCAGACCACUAUUUUGAACAGCUUGAUGAGAUCACUUCUCUCACGUUAAGCCAAUCUGAAUGGGCAGUAACGCUAGUAAACUGAUUCAUUGAUCCGCUCAUUUGGUUUCAAACUGACAGCCGGCUUCUGUUAAUGUAAAGCAGCCGUGUGGAUGUGAUAUCAGCAGAACGACAGGCCGCAAAUACAGCUUAUCUGUUCAUUCUUUCGAGGGGAUCCACCCUCACAGCUGCAGCACAGUGUAGAUAAGCCUUAGAAACACACACUUUGUGUGAAGCAGAAAAAUGACUUUUGUCAUUGCGUUGGAAAGUUUCCAAAUGCUGAACAAAUCUGUUAAUAUGUCUUGCUCAUAGAGCCUGGAUUUGAAGUAUGUUUGAUUAAACUCACCAAUAUCUGCAGUAACUGAAAUGAAGUUCUUUGUUUCACUCAUUAGAUUUUUGUUUAACACAGGCUUACAUGCCUUCCUCAACACACCACUGGCAGCCAUACAGCCUGAAACAUGAAGAUAUUAAUGAGGACAACGCUGAGGAAGCAGCACAUUCAUAGGUCCCCAGGCACCAAACCUCCAAGGAUCAAACUAAGGGAAUGCUAAACCCCUUUGUGAUUUUGGCGUAGUCUUCUUUGAAAAUCAAUAAAUGGGUUCCACACAGAGAAUAACUCAUAUAUUUGGUUACUAAUUUCAACCCAAAAUUUAGGUAAAGCAAUAUUAAAUUCACUUAGGUCUCUAAAUGGUACUUGAAAUGAAUCCCAGAGCAAUUGCUGUAAUAUUUGCUCUACGCAGCAUGGGGGGGUUUGUAAUUUAUAUAUUAACUUAAACUGGAUUUGUAGGUCCUAUUUGUUUGCUAUUAAAAAUGAUGCCUUUCAUUGGUGCUUUCAAUGACUUCAGUUUUAAGGUCCCAUCAUUGCCUGGUGCUGCAAGUACUUAUGUUACUUAUACUGAUGAAACAUCAAACUGUUGAAUAUAUAUAUCCACUUGUAUUUUCCUCUCAUAGUAAUCUUGUUGCUAGGUCACUUCUGUUCUGUUUUUAUCAUCACGCCCAGCUCUCGGAGCGUAUUUUAGGGGAGGAUCUGGGUGUGUCCGCGCUCUGUUUCCAGUAUAAAACCCCUCACGGUUUGGGCUGAUUCCAACAAGAGCAAUACACAAGCCAAGAUGACCACUCUCUCUACCAAGGACAAGGAGGUAGUCAAAGCCUUCUGGGCCAAAGUGUCUGGAAAGUCGGAGGAAAUCGGCAGCGAUGCUGUGGCCAGGAUGCUGAGGGUGUACCCGCAGACCAAGACCUACUUCUCCCACUGGAAGGACCAUAGCCCCUCCUCCCCCUCUGUGAAGAAGCACGGACUGACUGUGAUGGCUGGAGUUGGAGAAGCUGUGGCCAAAAUCGACGACCUCAAAGGAGGUCUCCUGAACCUCAGUGAGCUGCAUGCCUUCACUCUGCGUGUGGACCCGGCCAACUUCAAGAUCCUCUCCCACAACCUCCUCGUGGUCAUGGCCACCAUGUUCCCCGACGACUUCACCCCUGAGGUCCAUGUGUCUGUGGACAAGUUCCUGGCUGCUGUGGCUCUGGCUCUGUCUGAGAAGUACCGAUAAACAGCAGGAGAAGAGGCUGCAUAGCAGGAGCUCACUGUGCAUAAUGAUCAAUAAAAGCAUCCAUGCAAAAAACAAA